CCCUGGUCCCUGCCGCCGCCGCUCCGCCGUCCUUCCCUCCCGUCCGCCGGCGUCGGGCUCAGCCGGGCCGGACGGAGCCGCGGCCUGGCCUCCGGCACUGGGACCCGAGAGAGGGCCUUACCCAUCACCAGGGAGGCCCGGCCUUUGCUACAGCUUGAACCACAUCCUAGAAACAAGAUGGCGCUAGAGAGACUGGUGCAUUCCUGAGCCCAUGAGGGGUGAGGCCCCUCCAGGCCCAAAGAUGGGGAACGUCACCGGAGACAACGGCUCGCUGAGCUGUGCCAUUGACCACACCAUCCACCAGACGCUGGCGCCGGUGGUCUAUGUCACGGUGCUGGUGGUGGGCUUCCCAGCCAACUGCCUGUCCCUCUACUUCGGCUACCUGCAGAUCAAGGCCCGGAAUGAGCUGGGCGUGUACCUGUGCAACCUGACAGUGGCCGACCUCUUCUACAUUUGCUCGCUCCCCUUCUGGCUGCAGUACGUGCUGCAGCACGACAACUGGUCCCACGGCGACCUGUCCUGCCAGCUGUGUGGCAUCCUCCUGUACGAGAACAUCUACAUCAGCGUGGGCUUCCUCUGCUGCAUCUCCAUCGACCGCUACCUGGCCGUGGCCCAUCCCUUCCGCUUCCAUCAGUUCCGCACCCUGAAGGCCGCCGUGGGAGUCAGCGUGCUCAUCUGGGCCAAAGAGCUGCUGACCAGCAUCUACUUUCUCAUGCACGAAGAGGUGGUGGAGGACCUGGACCGGCACCGCGUCUGCUUCGAGCACUACCCGCUCGAGCCCCGGCAGCGCAGCAUCAACUACUACCGCUUCCUGGUGGGCUUCCUCUUCCCCAUCUGCCUGCUACUGGCCUCGUACCGGGGCAUCCUGCGGGCCGUGCGCCGCAGCCACGGCACCCAGAAGAGCCGCAAGGACCAGAUCCAGCGGCUGGUGCUCAGCACCGUGGUCAUCUUCCUGGCCUGCUUCCUGCCCUACCACGCGCUGCUGCUCGUGCGCAGCCUCUGGGAGUCCAGCUGCCACUUCGCCAAGGGCAUCUUCAACGCCUACCACUUCUCCCUGCUCCUCACCAGCUUCAACUGCGUGGCCGACCCCGUGCUCUACUGCUUCGUCAGCGAGACCACGCACAGGGACCUGGCCCGCCUCCGUGGGACCUGCCUGGCCUUCCUCACCUGCGCCAGCACUGGCCGGGCCCGGGAGGCCUACCCAUUGGGUACCCCCGAGGCCCCAGGGAAGAGCGAGGAGCCCAACGUGCUGACGAAGCUCCACCCGGCCUUACAGACCUCUCAGCCACCCGGAGCGGGAGGGUCCCCAGCGGGCGGACUGGCCUAGCUGUGUCGCCCCAUCACCCACGUGCGGGGCGAAGCAAGGCCUGAGCUUGCUCGACAGCUGCUGCCCACUUGGCCAAGGCAGGUGCCUCUUGCUGCUGGAGGGGACGAUGGACCUGGGCCAUGGGGCCCUGGGUCUGGGCCGCAGCACAACCUCUCUGGGUCCAGGGACCCUGCUGUGGCUGCCGAGUCCGACGGGGCUGCUCGUUGAGGGUGGGGAUAAGCUCCGACAGUGCAUGGGGGUCGUCUGCUGCCAGCUGGGCGGCUGGUGGGAGGAAGACCUGCUCACGUCCAGGAGGUUUUCAAAGAGAAGCUCAGGUGAGGGACACAGGGUGUGAGGACAUGGAGAGAGGGGCCUGGGAGAUGAGAGUGGGUACCUGGGGGCACACCUGCCAGGGCCUUCCAGUGCCGUUGUCACAGAUGACACCGGUCCAAAUGCACUGGUGUAAUCGGGGAGGUGACACACGAGAGUGUAUUGUCAUCAUUCAUACUUGAGCUUCACUCCACGAAGGGGUGGGAAGGAAGAUGA